AGGCGCCCUUUCGGCGGGUGGCACGGGCUAUUUAAAGGUGGACGGCCGCUCCGGGGCUGCAUGCUUCUGGGCCGGGGUCUGGGGUCCGUGGUAGCUAUGGACAGCUGCAUCGUGCUCAACACGGGCGCCAAGAUGCCCAUCUUGGGGCUGGGCACCUGGAAGUCCCCUCCAGGCCAGGUGGCUGAGGCUGUGAAGGUGGCAAUCGACAUCGGAUACCGCCACAUUGACUGCGCCCAUGUGUACCAGAACGAGAAUGAGGUGGGCUUGGCCAUCCAAGAGAAGAUCAAGAAGCAAGUGGUGAAGCGAGAGGAUCUCUUCAUUGUCAGCAAGCUGUGGUGCACGUACCAUGAGAAGAGCCUGGUGAAACAAGCCUGCCAGAAGACGCUCAGUGACCUGAAGCUGGACUACCUGGACCUCUACCUUAUUCACUGGCCUACAGGAUUCAAGACUGGGAAGGACUUUUUCCCGCUGGAUGGAGCCGGCAACGUGAUUCCCAGCGACACCAAUUUUCUGGACACCUGGGCGGCCAUGGAGUCACUGGUGGAUGAAGGGCUGGUGAAAGCUAUUGGCAUCUCCAACUUCAACCAUCUCCAGGUCGAGAAGAUCUUAAACAAACCUGGCUUAAAGUAUAAGCCAGCCGUUAACCAGAUCGAGUGCCACCCGUACCUCACUCAGGAGAAGCUGGUGCAGUACUGCCAGUCCAAAGGCAUCGUGGUGACUGCCUACAGCCCCCUCGGCUCUCCCGACAGACCCUGGGCCAAACCUGAGGACCCAUCCAUCCUGGAGGAUCCCAGGAUCAAGGAGAUUGCAGCCAAGCACAAUAAAACUACAGCCCAGGUUCUGAUCCGGUUCCCCAUUCAGAGGAAUUUGGUGGUGAUCCCCAAAUCUGUGACUCCGAAACGCAUUGCUGAGAACUUUCAGGUCUUUGACUUUGAAUUGAGCAGUGAGGAUAUGACCACCUUGCUUAGCUUCAACAGGAACUGGAGGGUCUGUGCCUUGGUGAGCUGUGCCUCCCACAAGGAUUACCCCUUCCAGGCUGAAUUUUGAAGCUGUGGGUGCCUGCCCCUCCCCAAGUGAGCCACGCCUCCUUUGGCCUUGUUUCUCCUUGCUAGUGCAGUGUGGCCUGUGUCCCUUGGCACGGGACAGCCUUGCAACGUCACCAGCAAGGGCUCAUCUGGCUCCAUGUUGCGUCUGAAGAGAGAGUCCGUAGUUUAGAAGCCGCUCUGGUUCUCUGUGCACUCCUUGCCCCUCUGGGGAAAAUACAGCCCGAAGGCCUUGUCUGAGCGAGGAGAAGCAAAGCCUACUAAGUCAAGCAGUGCCGCUGUCAGCUGAGUUCCGGCUGCUUAGAACGGCAGUCCUUUCAGCCAGACUUCUCUUUACUCCAAAUAAAAAGCGCUUUUGUGAGCUUGAUGCCACUCCA